GAAAGAAGCCAAGCGCUUGCGCUCUCAAACAAUACACAACCACAACGGUGAACGACGCAUCCAUCCACCUGCCUGUGUGGCUGCCAACGGUUGUGUGUGUAGCAGACUGCGAGCGUGGAGUUGAGGCAUCAGCAGCAGAAGAGAGCCAGCCAACCAACAGUCAAUACCUGCAGGGGCGAUCAAGCUAGUAGCCAACUAGCUGGCGCUCACACACACGCACAAAAGCAAGGCACUUCUCCGCACUUGCUUACCCUCGUCGUCAACGCGCGCACACGCACGCACGCAGACACACACACAGAAGGGGUUAUGGGUCGUCAGUCGCUGUUCAGCGUCACGGCCACGGGCGCGGAGCUCCAAGCAUACUCUGCCAAGGAGCAGGAGCCGCUCACGUCCCGCCGUGCAACCCUCAUCCCCUGGCGCGGCCAAGUCUUUCUCACCCGCACCAACCACCUCGGAGAUCGCCUGCCUGAUGAGUGGGAAAAGGCCGUCACCGACGAUGGCACCCCAUACUACAUCAACCACACCACGCGCCAGACACAAUGGACAGACCCAAGGCUGGAGUCAUGCCUGCGCGAACUGAACUGCCAUGAUGAUAUUCGCCUCGCCGUGUACCGCACAGCGUCGAAGAUGCGUGAUUUCCAAGUCUAUUGCAGAAUGAGCAAAGUCCACCUGUCUGAUGUGCUCAACGCGUUCUACGCCCUCGAGUACACGCCACACAAUGCACAGGGUCAGCCAGAGACGCUCCGCGCCGACGAAAUGGCCACGGUGCUGCUGGAGGUGUUCUCAAAGCUGCCGAACCCGCUGUCCCACGUCGAGAUUAUGGUGUCCUGGCUCCUGCAGACAUACGACAGAGAGAGAACUGGCCGCGUGCCACUGCUGUCGCUCAAGAUUGCGCUGUCCACCCUGUGCACAAGCUGGAUCGAGGAAAAGUACCGAUACGCCUUUGGCCUUCUGGACAACAACGCCGAUGGCAUGAUCACGCGCGAACAACUCGCCUUCUACAUCACCGCCACCCUCCAGAUGCUGAAGCCAAUUCGCGAAGCAUACCCGUUUGGUCCUUCCCCAGAGCAAAUCCAGCAAGCUGUCGACAACUGCUGCCAGCUGGAACGCGAGCGAUCAGGCGUUCCCGAUGCCAUGCUCAUUUCGCUGGAGACCUUCGUCGAAUGGUGCAUGGAGGAGCCACGCCCGCUGAUUUGGAUCCCUACGCUCCACCGCAUUGCGGCAACCGAGAACGUGAAACACGAGUCUGUGUGCUGCGUCUGCAAGAUGUACCCCAUCAUCGGCUUCCGGUACCGCUCCAUCACGUGCGUGGACAAGGACGUGUGCCAGGAGUGUUACUGGACCGGCCGCGAAGGAAAUGGGCACAAGAACUCGCACGAAGUCCGCGAAUACUGCUUCCCUACAACGACAAAGGAAGACAUCCGUGAUUUCGGAAAGCGCAUCAAGACCAAGUUCUCGCGCAUGUUCACGCGCAAGAAGCGCAAGGGCCAGACGGAGCCCAUGGCCACUGGCUUCCCUCCAAUGGAGCCCGUGGCCGUCACAGCCGCACGCUCGCGUGGCACGCAGGCCGAGAUAUCUGUGCAAGAUAUGGCCACUUCUCAAGAGGGCGUGUCCCCGCGCGAUGUUGAAGUCGGCGGCUUUGGCGAGGAGGGCGAGGAGUCCGACCUCAUUGAGCAGAUGGCCGAGCGUUUGCGCCAAGGCGGUGGCGAAGAUCAGGCCACGUCCACCAUGGUCGUCACUCUGGAAUCAGAACAAAAGCUGCACCUGUUGCGCGUCAUCGAUGAGCUUGACUCCGAGAACCGCGACUUGUUGCGUCAGGUCAUGGAGCUGCAGGAAAUGCAGUCCGUUGAUCGUGAUGAUCGCUCGUCGACAGGCCCGACCCCACUACAGGAGGAGCUUGAGCGUCGCAUCGACACGCUGUCUGAGCGCAACAGGGACUUGCUGGACCAGCUCAACCGGCUGCAGGCGUACCACGCCGUCACAGGCAUGCACGAGGCGCGCAGCGGUGCUGCGUCAUCUGACGAGGAAGGCAGCGCCGCGUACGAGCGAGAGGGCCAGCAGAGGCGUGAAGCACCGGCCACAGCACAGCAGACUGAACAACAACAGCAGCAGCAGCAAGCACCAAAGCUGGAUGACACGGACUUUGAUCUUGCUGAGAUCUCUGCGUUCCUGGGCGAGGAAGAGACAUCAGAUGAACAGCAGCUGCUCGACGCUGCUGCUGCCAUUGAAGGCACAUUUGCAACACUGCGUAGCACCGACACGGCGACGCUCAUCAACAAGUACCGCGACCCUCAACUGACGCUGCUCAUGCAACGCGCACACACAUUGCAUGAUGGCCUGCAAUGCGCAGCAGUGGACAUCCACGCCGGUCUGUCCUCGGACGCGUCGGCCGUGCGCAUGCGCCCCAAAAUGCCCAAACUCAACGCCGAGCAACGCAGAUCCGUCUGGGGCAGCAGGGUGAAGCUGCUUGAGGAGCAGGAGCAGUACCGCAACGCGCCGAUGCCACGCGAGUCCAUCCAUCGCCACUCCCGCAUCAUCAAGCGCGGUCGCUCGCAGCUCACGGCGCAGCUGCAGCGCCUCAGUGUCUACACCGCCGACCAGAGCUUUAUGUAUGGUGACAGCAUCUCGGGCCGGACAGCACAUGAUGACAGCACGAGUUCGGAGCUUGGCGGUGCGUUCCUGGAGCUGUCGAGUGGACCACCACCGCCACCAGCCCUCGCCCAGCAAUCAACAGCGCCCACCACAGACGCCGUCGCGUUCACGUCCACACCGGCCCGCCCGCGCCAGGUGCUGACAGCGGACACGGCCAUGCACACGGAGCAGGGCGCAGCAGCUGGGAAACGCAAGGACCAAGACGAGCGCAAGCUCUCUGGCGUCACUCGUGAAACGAUGGCAGACGAACCCGUGUCCGGUGAAGCAGCAUCACCGCCACCGCCACCGCCACCAUCGUCAUCGCAGCGGGGCGGGCAGCCGGCAUCGCGCAUGUUCCGUGCUGAUCUGCAGCGAUCACGCUCUGCGCAGUCGUCGACCUCAUCACCGGCUGUGGACCGCUCGCCGCGCAGCGACCAGCACCAGACCAACGCAGGCAACACUGUGCUUGGCACGAUGGUGUUUGGCCAGCCCGUCACCAUGCAGGCAGCAUCGCCGUCCACGCAGCAGGCUGGCCUCUCUUCCGCAGCCCAGGUUGGCGGCCAGCAGCAGCAGCAGCAGCCCAUGCGUGGGCACCUGCAGGAAGUGCAUUCGGCGGAGGUGGUUGAGUCACCACUUCAGGGCCGGGCAUCCAUCCAUCUCCACCACGCCGAACCGCAGCAGACGCAGCAGCCAGCAGACGUUCGCGACACCGAGUUGCGUGAGACGGUGCGGCGUGUGCACGAUGAGCCGCACAAGCUGCCGCGCAAAUUGAGCACAGAGCGCCGGCAGCAUGCCGAGACAGUGUUCACGUCUCGCCUCAAGCGCGCCAAGGAUGCGUUUGAGAACACUGUUGGGAUCCCGCUCUUCAAUGUCAAGACAGAGAACAUUCGCGAAACGUUCCUGUGGCACUUUGCAGAUGGCCACCUCUUCUGCGUCCUCGCCAACAUCAAGCUGCGCGCCCGCAAUCGUCCAACCAUCAAGCCGUACUGUGCACACGGGCACGAGCGGCUGGCUGCCUCGAAGGUGAUUGCAAACUUCAAUUCGCUGAUGCAGAGCUGCGAGAACCUCGGCAUGCUUCGCCGUGACAUCCCUUCAUCCUACGACUUCCAAGGGCUGGAUGCUGAGCUGUCGCAGCCCGUGCACGAGCGCGUCAAGCACGACAAGAUCCUGGGCGCACUGGAGACGCUUCUCUCCAUGCCAGAGUCCAAGCCCGCGCAAGCCAGCAUCUGAGCACACGAAUGCAAGCAAGCGUGGCAACUGUGGGCGUGUGUGAACGCGGUUCUUUGAGAUUCGCUCCACCACAGCCCGCUGCUUAAACGCUGACUUGUUUGCUGUGGCUGUUGUGUUGCUGUUGGCUGCACCUGCUGUGGUGUUUCUUUCUUUGCUCUUGCUUGUCGUCGUUGUCCUUUGCCUUUGCGUCGGCCGUUACCAUCCACCCGAACCGGUGUGGUGUGUUCUUGCGUCGUGCUUGUCAUUCUGCGUGCUUUGUUGUUGCUGCCUUCCUAUUGCUGAGAAGCCCUCAUGUCUCGCGUGCUUCCGUCUCUGUUGAUUGCCCUGCUUUUCUUUGCGUGCAGUUCAGUGCAGUUGUGGUGGUGUGCUGUGCUGGUGCAGUGGUGCGUGUCAGUGUGUCUGCCUGCUUGCUUGUUGCUUGCUUGCUUGCCUGGUGGUGUUGUUCCUGCUUCUUGGAAGUGGCGUCUGUUGUUCCAAGUUGUUGUUUUCUUAUCAUGUGAAGAAAGGAAAUGAAAGGAGUUGGCGGUACGAUA